AUGGGGUUUCUGGGCCUUGGCGAGCCUUCCUGGGGAACUCUCAUCAUCUUUCUCGGAGCAUGGAUCAACCGAGAUUUUACCACUCCCACGGCACAAGCGAGUCAAGACUCUUACGUCGCUCUUGUGGAAGAUGUUGGUCAUGAGAUGGGACUUGAGUCUCUAGACUCGAUAGACACCGGAGACGUAUCGGUUACGCUUUCACCCAAUCCCGAUCGACAGAGGCAUUGGCGUCAUAGAGAGUUGUCUCUGUUCGGGCUCAAAAGGACAAUCCGAACACCAGAGACAGCUGUCUUCCGGAACAGAAUGCUCAGCAGAGUGCUUCUGCGCUUUCCUUUCUUGGUCGAGAUCGUUUAUUGGGCUCUCAUCUACGGCGUCUACCAGUUCGGUCGGGGCCAAUUGGCUAUAAGAUUGGUCGACAAGACCAUCGACAUCGCUUGCCAUCAUGCUCUGGCUGUUAUCACAUUAGAGCAACGUCUCCACAUUUUUUGGGAGUUGACCAUCCAGCAGUUUUUCCUCCAGUACCCUGGGUGGAUGUGGUGGAUCAACCGGAUCUACAGCUUCGUCCAUCUCCCCGCAACAAUAACUUUCUUGGUCGGCUUGUACUAUUUCGCCAUAACACGGAACCGAUCGAAUAUCAAUUCGAACUCGCCUGAUCAUGUCCGAAGCUCUACCGGCCCCGAACUCUACGAGUCCAGGCGUCGGGCUCUGGCGCUUUGCAACCUAUUUGCAUUUUGCGUCUUCAGCAGUUGGCCAUGUAUGCCCCCUCGUCUGUUGGGGGACUCGAAAUUACCAGGGGAGCCGGGUGAGCUCGCGCGAAGUUUUGGCUUCAUCGAUACCAUCCACGCACACGAUGGAGCCGUCAGCAUUUUCAACACCAGAAAAUGGACCAAUCAACUAGCUGCAAUGCCCUCGCUCCAUUUCGGAUAUUCGCUCCUUGUCGGAGUCUCUAUCAUGCGACUUCCUCUGACUCCCCCAGCCAGAAGACAUAGGGUAUCCCUGCCCGCCAUGCCAUUCCUCAAAUCGAACCAUACCGGUUUCAUCGUCCGAAUCCCCUCUCUUCCCAAGUUCUGCUGCGAGAUCAUCGGCUUCUUGUACCCGUUCUCAAUCUUGAUUGCGAUCGUUGCGACUGCAAAUCACUUCAUCUUAGACGCCCUGGCGGGAGGCCUGGUAUGUUUGUUUGCACUGCGAUGCAACCAUUUCAUGAAGAAUUUUCUCCUCGUCGAGGACUAUGUCUUCUGGUGCCUUCGCAUUCACAAGCCGAUUCAGGAGCCGCCGGUUCAAAGUGCGCUUCUGGAAGACAAACCUUAG